AAAUCAAAGCGCCCAAGCCUCAACCUCAUAAGUUAUAUGUACUCCCCUCCGCCUCACACUACCUGCCUCUAAACCCUAUCGCCGCCCUCUCUCGUUUCGCCGCCUUCACCAAUCUAAUGGCUUUGCCGAACCAACAGACUGUGGACUAUCCGAGCUUCAAGCUCGUCAUCGUCGGCGACGGUGGCACUGGAAAGACUACUUUUGUGAAGAGACAUCUUACCGGAGAGUUUGAGAAGAAAUAUGAACCAACUAUUGGUGUGGAGGUUCAUCCUCUAGACUUCUUCACAAACUGUGGAAAGAUCCGGUUUUACUGCUGGGAUACUGCUGGGCAGGAGAAGUUUGGUGGUCUUCGAGAUGGUUACUACAUCCAUGGGCAAUGUGCCAUCAUUAUGUUUGACGUGACUGCAAGGUUGACAUACAAGAAUGUUCCUACUUGGCACCGUGAUCUUUGUCGCGUUUGUGAGAACAUACCCAUUGUGCUAUGUGGAAACAAGGUUGAUGUGAAGAACAGGCAGGUUAAAGCUAAGCAGGUUACCUUCCAUAGGAAGAAGAACUUGCAGUACUACGAAAUUUCUGCAAAGAGCAACUACAAUUUUGAGAAACCCUUCCUCUACCUGGCUAGGAAGCUUGCAGGUGAUGCCAAUCUUCAUUUCGUCGAGUCUCCAGCUCUUGCUCCCCCAGAAGUCCAGAUUGACAUGGCUGCUCAACAACAGCAUGAGGCGGAGCUUAUGGCAGCAGCUGCUCAACCUCUUCCCGAUGAUGAUGAUGAUGCAUUCGACUAGGGUCCUUGUUGGAAAGACUUCUAUUUAUUUUUCAAUCUCCAUUGUUUCUUUGCUGGGCUUUGGAAACUUCAGCCAUUAAGGCAGAAUUUGGAUCUGGUUUGAGCAUAAUUCUCUAUGUAUUGACUACAGUGGGUUUGGAGCAUAAUCAUUUAUGAAAUUCUAUUACCGUC